CCAUGGAACUAUUGUGUAAUAUGACGGUAUAAAAGAGAGAAAAGCUCAGUUGUCUUCAUUCUUCAUUCGAAUUCUUCCCGAGGCGUGUUGAAGGAAGAAACAAGAGAAUAUGCGGUUUCUGACGGUGGUGUUGUCGAUGGCGCUGGCCGUUGCUAUGGCAACAAAUAUGGCGGAGGCGGGAAGACUGAGACAAUCUUUGAAAGAGAUGAUGCGACAGUUGAUAAUGGAGAACAGCCAGACGACGGUGCCCCCCACACAACAGGCCAGGGUCGGAGAAGACAAGGAGAAAAAUACGGUUGCCUGCGGUGGCGACUUAACGGCUGCAUCCGGGACCUUGGCCUCACCGAACUACCCAAGCAACUAUCCCGACAGUGCCGACUGCAAAUGGCGAAUCAUGCCCCCUAGGGGCGGGCCGGUCACACUGCAGUUCCAAGACUUACAAACAGAGAACGGAUACGACCACGUGUCUGUGUACGAUGGUCUGACUAUCAACGACCCUCUUAUUGGAAAGCUCACCGGAAAUACCGCCCCAGCUGACCCCAUUUCCGGUACAAACACGCUAGGCAUGCUGGUCGUCUUCACCAGUGAUUACAGUCUCAACGAAAAGGGCUUUACUGCAACUUACACUUCCGACGGAAAUACGCCGACCGAGUGCACCCAAUACACCUGCCCUUCGUCACUCGAGUGUAUCCACUGGAGCUGGCUCUGUGAUGACGUCAGAGACUGUGCCGACGGAAGUGACGAAAACAACUGUUUCCAAUGUGACGCCGACAAGCGUAAGCCCAGUAAAAUGCCGCAGAGCUGGGUUUGCGAUGGAAUCACUGACUGUCAUGACCAAGCGGACGAGUCUAACUGUAACGAUGAACAAGUCUUUGAGGCCACGUGGUCUGCUUGGUCCGAGUGGAGUGAGUGUUCUGCUGAGUGUGAGGGUACCAGACAACGUACACGCACCUGCAACGUACCGGAAGGAGCGCCAUCUUAUAUCACCUGCACCGGAAAUGACGUUCAGAUCGAAGCAUGUGGCACACCCGGGCCAUGCUCUACAGAGCCACAAAGCGGAUGCGGAACCCGCCAAUCAGAGAGAAGCAACGAGCGCAUCAUCAACGGUCAGGACGCACAGCGGGGGGCGUGGCCGUGGCAGGUGCAGCUAAAACGAGGCUCUGGUUCCAUCCCCUUCUGCGGCGGCACCUUGAUUGACAGGGAAUGGGUCCUGUCGGCUGCUCACUGCUUCCACGGUUUUAACUGGCGACCGACCAACCUUCACGUGGUGAUCGGAGCACAAAAUCUGCGCACCCCUCCUAUAGACCAAGGCUCCAUCGUGGUCACUCCCCUACAGUUCUUUGUCAAGGAAGACUACGAUCCUAACAGGAUUAACAACGACAUUGCCCUAAUCAAGAUCCCACCAGUGGACUACCCUACUGACUACAUCAACUCGGCCUGUCUACCGGAAGCACAGGAAGUGUUCAACGGCAACUCCCUGUGUUUCACCACCGGCUGGGGAGUCACUGACGAGGGGCGCAUGGCAGAUGUUCUACAGGAGGCCCGCGUACCCCUCAUCGACAACGGCGUGUGCAACGGUCCUACAUCCUACGCAGGUGCACUAACGGAUAAGAUGCUGUGCGCUGGCUAUCUGGCCGGAGGAAUCGACGCUUGUCAGGGUGAUUCAGGGGGUCCGUUGGUUUGUCAGAACAGCCAGGGGCGCUGGUCUCUGGUCGGCAUUACGUCAUGGGGCUACGGAUGCGCCAGCGAGAACUUCCCAGGAGUCUAUGCGCGCGUACAGUCAUUCCUGCCAUGGAUUGCGGACAAGAUGGCGGCCAACCGCGAAUUAAUCGAUCCCGAGGGAUCCGGUGAUAAUGUUAACUAAGGAGAACCAAGGAACGAGAAGAUGACGUCAGAUGGGAACGAGAUUAGUGGUGUCUAAGUUAUAGUAUUGCGCCAUAUUCAAAAUAAGUCAGUUUUUACGUACACUGGAAAUCUAUUGCGAAUCAAACGGUUAAACACGUAAAAUGUCUAGCAAUUGCGACAAAAAAGCAAUAUCGUUUAUAGCUUGAAAUGCCAACUAAUACUUUCUAUUCAUACCAUCAUUUAAUACUGGCAAUGAAUGUCGAUAGAUAUCUUAAAUUUGGUAUUUUACAAUUAGGGGUUUAGAAAACCUCAUAGUGCGUUAAGAAGGCCGUUGUGCUUUACACUAUUGUAUUUUGUCUUAAGGCGCUAGGUACUGGCUACUAUGCAACUUUAAGUCAAGGUGUGUUUUACUCUUGUAAAACGCCAAGGCUUUUUGGUCGUCAUAAUUUAUGACGCAUUUGAUAUGUUAUGUGUAACUUAACUUAACUCAACUUUAUUUAGGGUAUGGUUAUUACGUCAAAAUCAAAACCAAUUUGCAUAUUGUUGUUUGAUCCAAUAAAAGUAUUUCAACUGA